AUUUUCAUAAUAGUGUUUAUUUAUUAGUGUUCUUAUUUAAAAGUGCAAGGUGAUAUUUGACUGUAAUUAUUAUUUUGCGGAAUUUAAUGAUGUGAUAUCUAAAAUAUUUUUUUAGUCUUCCACGAAUAUAAUAUUAAAUAUUUCAAUAUUCUUAGAUACAUGCAUGGAAUAUGUAGAAGAUUUUGAUAGAGUUAUAUUUUCUUAUGUUUAAUUGAUAUUACAAAAGAAUAUACACAGCUUGAUGAAGUGUAGUGAAAAAAAAUCAAGAAAAAAUGUCUUUCGUAAAGUGUUGUUUUGAAGCGGGCGAAGGUCAUGAUAUUUUGGAGUCAUUCGUUCAAAAAUGCACAGACCCUGGCUGUUGCUGCGGAUGUUGUUCCGCUCUCCGACCCAGAUACAAGCGGCUGGUGGACAACAUAUACCCCGCGUCCCCGCAGGAUGGUCUCGUCAAGUCCAAUAUGGAGAAGCUUACCUUCUAUUCGCUGUCCAGUCCGGAGAAACUGGACAGGAUCGGGGACUAUCUGUUCCAGAAAGCUUCUAGGGAUAUCUAUAGACGGAGGCAUGGGUUUGUUAUAAUAUCCAUGGAGGCGAUGGACCAAUUGCUCUUAGCUUGUCAUUCGCAAACUCUGAACCUAUUCGUGGAGAGCUUUCUUAAAAUGGUUCAGAAACUUCUGGAGUCUACGGACCCUCAGCUGCAGAUACUCGCCACUCAGAGUUUCGUCCGCUUCGCGAACAUAGAGGAGGACACGCCAUCAUACCACCGGCGGUACGAUUUCUUCGUGUCCAAGUUCUCAGCGAUGUGUCACAGCAAUCACAGCGACAAGCCGACCAGGGACAGCAUUCGGCUGGCUGGCAUUAGGGGCCUGCAGGGGGUGAUAAGAAAAACGGUGUCAGACGAUCUCGUAGAGAACAUAUGGGAGGCUCAACAUAUGGACAAGAUUGUGCCGUCUCUGCUUUAUAACAUGCAGGGCGCAGAAAAAUACGAAACUGUAUCGUGCAUGGAGAGUGAAGGCGAGGAAGGCAGGGUUGCUUGUGUGGAACCGCCGCGCCUCGCUGAGGCGUGCCUCAGGGAGCUCGUCGGCCGUGCCUCGUUUGGGCACAUACGAUCUGUGUUGCGGCCUGUGCUUACGCACUUUGACCGUCACGAGCUGUGGGUACCAAACGACUUCGCCGUUCACGUAUUCAAGAUUAUCAUGUUCUCCAUUCAGGCGCAAUACUCAUACAGUGUGGUGGAAGCUCUGAUGCAGCACCUGGACGCCGGCUCGGGGGGUGUUGGGGGUGUUGGGGGUGUCGGCAAGACGAGGGUCCGGGCUGCCCGGGCCACGGUGCUGAGUAACAUCGUGGCUAUAGCCGCUGGCGAUAGUGUUGGUCCAUCCGUAUUGGAAAUCAUUAAUAACUUGCUGACCAACUUACGCGCUUCUGUGGCGAGAGACUCUGAAAAAGAAUCAGACGAAAAGCUCUACCAGGAAGCGCUAAUAAACGCUCUAGGAGAAUUCGCAGACCAUUUACCCGACUUCCAGAAAAUAGAUAUAAUGAUGUUCAUAGUGAGCAAGAUUCCCAGUUCUCAGCGGGGUAAGGGGACCAAAGCGGAUGCUAUGCUGCAGAGCAUCUUGCUGAAGUCAUUGUUGAAGGUGGGCACAACAUACAAAACGACGGAACUAAGUAAAGCUUUUCCCGCGGCGUUUCUCGAGGCGUUGCUUCGCGUGAGCGGAGCGAGCGAAGCGAGAACGAGAGCGUUGUUGCAGCGAAUAUUGCACACCCUACUGGAUAGACGGGCUAAUGCCCCGCUGCUUAUUGUGCCCACGGUGGAAUAUGCGGAAUUAGGGCUCACAGUGGAAAAGUGUUCCCGCCCCGAUCUAAUUUUCAUCAGCAAGCAUGGUUACGCUAUAUUCAGCUCGUUGUAUGAUGGUCUUCAACUGGAAUCGAACACGGCUGAGAACAUAUCGGCUAUAUACACGACCCUGGCUUUGCUCGCCAUCGAACUGGCUUCAGAAGAAACUGUAUGUGACAUGCUACAGUUGAUUUUGUCUAUCCAACAGUCGGCGAUAUCGAACCCGGUACUAUCCACAUCGCAGCAAUGCCACUUGCACGCUAUAAGCAUUGCGCUGGCUGCGCUCGUGCCCCACGUGCUAGCCCUACCACCGUUGGCUGAUUAUGUUAAACAGAUAAUAGAAGCCCGUUUGGAAGAAGCCCCACACAUGUUGCCCCCACUCCUCGAUGAGUACGACCACGUGCCUCCAGCUAAAGCACCCAAUAAAUUGCCGUAUUUGAUGAUUGAUCAGAUGGCGCUAGGCGAGUGUCUCAAAGCGUGCGGAAUUGAAGCGAGUCGGCUACAAUCUCCGUCUCCAUACACCAGCGGUAGUGCGGUCAGUUUGGCGCAUAGACACAGCUGGGUUGAGGCUGGUGCUGCCCAGGGCCGCGACAGCUUAGCUGAUAUAUCAGCGGGGCCCGUCACUGAGUUGGACAGCGCCAACAGCUCGCCUGGAGUGCAGCGGCAUCCAAUGCAAAACGAGAACGUAAGUCUGGAAGCUCUCCGCCGCGCCGCGAGCGGACCGAGCGAAGCGGAGCGACGGGACGCGGAGAGGAAGAGGGUUACACUCAAUAACACGUUCAGGACUGCGCCGUUUGAUCACUUGCUGCAUAUCACACAGCCUAAGUACGAGAUCCAAGAUAAACUAGAAGAGAUAUUCAACUCGAUAUCCGAAGAGCCGCUCUUACCGGUGGGUGCGGGGUCACCUAGCGGAAAACCGCCCCCACAACCGUAUACAAAGUAUCUCACUGAGCUGUUCUUGUAUUGAGAUGGAAGAUACAACGUCGAAGAACUUGGUCUUUUUAUUAUAAUAUCAAAUUAAUUAUACCCAAUAGCUUUCUCAAUCUAAUAUAUUAUAAGGGUUUAAAUAUUGGUGGUUAUGUGGUUUAAAGUUUGGGAGUUGAAACUAUAUUACUAUCAAAAUCUCAUCAUUAUUGUAUUAGCAGUUUUCAAGGUUUUAGGAAUCAACAAAAUAACCAUAGUUUAACAGACAAUAAUAUAAUCACAGUUUAAAAAACAGUGCUUUUACUAUAUAAUACGCUGAACGUUAGUUUAAGUUAAACUAUGGUUAAUUUGUUGGUUAAAUUUUAUAAAUGUUGAGUGGUUAUAUUAGUAAAAUUAUUACAAAUGGUGGAAAGGUUCGAUCCCAGGUUAAGUUUAAGUUAAAAUUCUAUGCAAUAACUUAAAUGCUAAUUUCUUAGUACAAAAUGGCUGGUAUCAAAAGUGGAAUUAGAUAUAUUUUUAAUAUAAUUGUUUUCACUGUAUAAAAUUAUUGUUUUCCCCACUCGCACUUGUGUAAAAGGCUAUCAGAGUAAAGGAGAAAGACGAUUUAUUUAUUUAUCUAUAUAUUAACAUUUUUUUAUUGAGUACACCCCAAAACCAGAUUAUUCUAAACGUUUUUGUAAUGAAACUCAGUGUUAGAGAAAUUGUAUUUCUUCAAACUUUCUUUAAAAUGUUAAAAAUUAUUUUAUCUGUAAUAAAAUCAAUACAGUGAAAUAUAAAACCUCCUUUUAUGUAGUCGCUAAAAAUUUGAAAAUGAAAAAUGAAAUUGAAAAAUUAUUUAUUUCACCAAAAACACAAUAACAAUACAAAGGACAAUGAGUAAUGGUGGGCCCACCUCUCAAUAGAAGUGAGAAACUCAUGAAUGAAUUGGUAUUUUUAUACCGAAUAAAACUUAGUAUUACAUCAAAGGUUAAAAGUACUUUCGGAGUUAUACUGUCAUAAAAGUGAUCCCAAUCCCUGCAAUUAAUUAUCGUAGUUUACUUCAAUAUAUUACCGAAUAGUGUUAGAACCGUAUUACAUGUAAAUUAUUAAUUACCGUAAUAAUUAUAUUAUAAUUUACCGUAUUAAUUGAUCGAAACCAAGUUGGAAGAAACGCGAUAACACAAUAUUAUUGUACUGCUUGACCGGACGGCGAACUGUAGGUACUUGCGCUCAUAUAAUAUCUUUGAUUUGGUACCUAGGAGUUGGGAAUUGGGAUAUAUCAACCAUUCCUGGCCCCCGCGGCUUUUUUAAACGAUGUAAUUGUAAUCGAUGUACAGGACGACGAAUAAAUCUUAUUUAAAGUGAAAUACGUGUAUUAUUACCAUUGUACCUUAUAAAAAUCCAUAAAUAAUAAGUUAGAUUAAAAUACUUUAAGACGCCGAAAGUACUAACAUUU